AUGGUGGGGGCGGGACCUCGAGUUUCGGGAGCGCUCGGAGCGCGGGGAACCUCCGGAGGCGGGAGCUGUCGGAGCGCCGGGGACCCCGGGUCCCGGAGCGCGGGGGUCCUCGGAGCGCGGUGGCCCCGGGUCCCGGAGCGCGGGGGUCCUCGGAGCGCGGUGGCCCCGGGUCCCGGAGCGCGGGGGUCCUCGGAGCGCGGGGGUCCUCGGAGCGCGGUGACCCCGGACCCGGAGCGCGGGGGACCCCGGAGCGCGGUGACCACGGAGCACCCGAGCCCAGCUGUGGCCGCGCCCGUGCGCCUCCGAGGCUCUGAGCGCUCCGGCGGGGCUCAGCACGCGGAAGCUCGGGCCGGGCUCGGGGUGGGCCGGUCCCCGCGGAAGGCUGCGGGCCGCGGGCGCUCCAGGUCGUGUCUGCCCCCCCACGCUCGCGAAGCCCCCCCCCCCCCGUUCAGGCCCUGGGCGCUCCCUUCCCCCACCGCGCUGCCCGCUGAGUCACCUUGCACCCCCGCCCCAACAGGCAGGUACGGCCCGACAGGUGAGUGGGUGAGGCCACGAGGGCACACGGUGCCCCUCCCGCAGGGCGGUCCUGGACGCCCGGGGCCCAGACGCCCCCGCCCCCGCCCCGGCCGAGCUGGCAGGUGCGGCGUGACCUCGCGCCACCCCCCGCCAGGCCUGUGCCUGGGCUGCUGGGGAGGGCGCGGGAGGGCGCGGUGUAGGGCGCGGGCCCCGCCGGGAGGGCUCCCCGACCGCGCCACCGCCGGCCUCACCCCCUCACGGGCCGCACUGCGCGCCCACGGCAGGCCGGGUCCACACGGGCAGUCUCCGGUGGAAACGGGAGAGGAGGGGGCUGGAGGCCGGGCAGGGCGGGGUGACCCCCGAGCGCAGCCUGGGGCUGGGGCUGGGGUGGCCCCUCCCCUUGAGCCGGACCGGCCCCGCGGGGGGGCGCGCGGAGCGUGGGACGCGGGCGCGGGGGGCCCAGACGGCAGCGGGUUUGGCGGGAGAGCAGGGUGCGGGCCCUCGCCAAACGGGCCGGGGGCCUCAGGACCCCUCCUGUUCCCGGAACCAGAGCACCGGCGCCAUCCGAAGCCUGAAGCCCGGGAGCUGUGCCACCCGGCAAGUUGCCUGACCCCCCUGUGCCUGCACUGCCCCCCCAGUGCCCAGGGCACCAUAGUUACAACAGCUUCCUCCAAAAGCGACCGUGACCUGCCCCACAUGAGGUCAGGCCUCCCUCUGGCUGCCCCGAUAAGGACCUUGGUGAUCACAGAGACAGUGUGAGCAGGGGAGGGGCAGAGGGAGAAGCAGCCUCCCCCCUGAGCAGGGAGCCCGCCGUAGGGCUCGAUCCCAGGACCCGGAGGUCAUGACCUGAGCCGAAGGCAGACGCGUCACUGUCGGAGCCCCCGGGCGCCCUGGCCGUGGCUUCAGUACAGAUCUUGCUAAAUGAGCCCCUGGCCCCUAGACCUGUGACAACCACCCGUGAACGGAGGUUCAUAUGGAUUCGGUGACAAUGUGUCCCCAAAUGUCAGUCGGGACCCUCUAGAGAACAGAACCAACAGGCUGUGCCGUAGAUACAGUGAAACUCAGCGCGAGGAAUUGCCUGGGGUUGUGGAAGCUCGACGAACCCAACACGUCCGGGCUGCGCCGGCCGCCAGAGACAGGGGAGCAGGGGUCCCCGGGGUCCCCGGGCGACCUGCUGAAGGGCUCCCUGCUCCGAGGAGCUCAGCCUGGUGGCACUCGGACCUUCAGUGGUGGGUGGACGCCCACGGUCGCAGGCCGGCGGGGCUGCUGUAACAAAGUGUCACCCGAUGGCUUCUAAACAACGCACUGCUCCCCGUUCGGGAGGCUGGAGGGCUGAGGUCCGGGUCCCGGCGGAGCCGGGUGACAGGCCUCCUCCUGGUCACACACUUGUCAUGCAUCCUUCAGGGCCAAGGAGCGCCCGGGCCUCGUUGACAAGGGCACCCACCCUUGGGAGUCGUGUCCCAGAGGCCCCCUGGGGUGCGGCACCCACCCAUGCUAUGGAAGGUCGUCUGCUUCCCUCAGGGUCCGACGGUUGAAACAGCAACCUCAUCCAAAAACACCUUCACGGAAACAUCCAGAAUAAUGUUUGAACAAGCGUCUGCGCCCCGUGGCCCAGCCAUGGCAAACAUAAAAUUCGCCAUUACGGCGAAUGUUCUACUUCAAGAUACUCUUUAAAAAGAUCCUCAGAGGGGCUGCCCGGGGGGCGCAGCGAUUUAGUGCCGCCUCGCCCAGCACGGGAUCCUGGGGUCCUGGGAUCGAGUCCUGCGUCGGGCUCCCGGCAUGGAGCCUGCUUCUCCCUCUGCCUGUGGCUCUGCCUCUGUGUCUCUUAUGAAUAAAUAAAAUCUUAAAAAAAUAAAAAAGAA